UGUUAGGUGUCGAAAGAAAACGAAAGUACUAUCUACUAGAUAAUAAUCUAGCACAUUUUGCUAAGUUUGUUUAAAGGAAAGUUGAGUAAUUUUGUAUGUAUUAAGUGGUUUAUAUCACAAAGUCUAUGGAUUAUAAGAUAAAGUAAUCAAGAAUUUGCUGCUUUAAAAUGACAGUUCCUUGCUAUUGAAUGAUCAGUCUCUGUAUAGUACACUGAGUUGAUAUAUAAUAGGACAUAAUACAGUUAACAUGUUGAAAAUGAAUCAGGAUCAUGACCAAUAUUUGGUGAUCACUGUGUUCACAAUGGACAAUGCAUUUGUUUUUAUUGACUAAGAAACCAUAUCUAUGCACUGAAGCACAGUUCUUCUAUAUAAUAAGCAAACUUUAUGAAAACCAUAAUGUGUUGCGGUUACAUCAUAAGAAGUACAACAGCAUGUCAGCAUCAAAACUGUUGUCAUCACCUAAGAUUCAAAUAUGUGGACGAAACAGCUAUGAAAAUUGUAUUAAGGAAAUACAGUUGAAACUUUGUUUAAAAGGUCAAUCUGAUUACAGAAAAUAUUUUUGACUGGUCGCCAAACAACAAACUAAUCAAUCUAUACAAAAGAAAACAGUUUAACUAGAAACUUAAUUACAAGAGCAUAACAUCAUGGCAUCUAGACUCUCACAAGAAGAAGAAAACUAUGUCAGGAUGAGCUUGCUACUAACAGGAAUAUCCCCUCGUGCAGCACGAGCUUUGUUUGAUUAUGAAUUUGCUCCAUCAUGCUUGGAUGCCUCACUGAAGAAAGAAUAUAACAAACUUAUAGACCUUCAAAAGAAGAGAAUAAUAAACCAAGCCCAGUGGAAACUCCUGACUCCCAGGUCACCAGAUGUUCCUGAUUCUAAAACAUUUGAUGUUACUCUUAUGAUAACAUUACUUAGAAACUUGACAAACAUAACCCCUCCUCAUUUUGGAUAUGACCAGUUGCCUGCAGCUACCGAAACUACACCUAGUUCAGAUUUGGCCAGGAUAAAACAUUACAGAAACUACCUUGCCCACCUUGAUGAGGCGAAAAUGGAUAAUACUGAGUUUACCACAGCAUGGAAUGCUAUCACUGGUGCUAUCGGCAGAUUAGGUGGACAACCAAUGCAGCAGGAGUGUGAUAACUUGAAGGUGAAGACACUGGAUCAGACUAAUGAGGAAAUAAUGCUGGACAUCAAAUAUUCAAAUGAUGAAAUAAUGGAACUAAAAAGGGCAGUUGAGUUCUUGAAUAAAGCCAAUGAAGAUAUGAAAAUAGACAUGAACACGCUAGAAACUUCCCAGAAAGAUACAGUGCCAUGGAAUAUAAGGGAACAAAUCAAUCAGUUCCUAGUUGAGUGUCAGGACAAUGACAAGAUGUUUAUAACAACCAGAGCUGCCAAUCAUGUACUGAAAUGUAUAAAGGAGGACAGUUGUGUAACUGUCACUGCUAGUUCUGGUGUAGGGAAGACGGCCAUACUCCGACAUGUGGCAUUACAGAUGGCCGCGGAAGGGUACGAUGUACUUUUAGUGACAGAUCCAGGUGACAUUGUCAAGUUUUAUAAUCCAAAACAGAAAACAUUGUUUGUUAUUGAUGAUUUAUGCGGAAACUAUUCUUUAAACCAGACAGACAUUAAAGUUUGGGAACCAGUCAUGGAGCGACUAAAAUUGAUCCUUUCAAAUAAACUUUCUAAAGUAAUUGUAGCAUGUCGAUUACAAGUGUAUCAGGAUAACAAAUUCGAUUCUUUAUCAGUUUUGAAAUCAUGUGUAUGUAACCUUUUAUCAGAAAGCAUGUGCUUGUCAAAAGCAGAAAAACAAUCAAUAGCUGAGUUAUAUCUGAAAACAAAAGCUCUUGAAAUUGCCGAUUCUUGUGAUUUGUAUGAUUGCUUUCCACUUUUAUGUAACUUGUAUCAUGAAAAUCCUGCACUAGAUAUAAAGGAAUUUUUCAAGAGACCAUUUUCAGUUUAUGAAGCAGAGAUUGACGAGCUACAUAAAAAAGGAUUUUACAGCAAAUACUGUGCUUUGGCUUUAUGUGUCAUAUUUAACAACAAUUUGGAGGAAGAAAUAUUAACCGAGGAUGUGAAUGAAGAAACAAGAACCAUCAUUGAGAACACAUGUGAGGCAUGUAGACUGGACAGAGGGACAUCAAGGCUAACUUUACAGAAUGAACUGAACUCACUUAUACAUACAUUCCUGAGAAAAGAACAAAACAUAUACAAAAUUAUUCAUGAUAAGAUAUUUGACUCUAUUGUGUACUACUUUGGACAGAAAAUAAUUCAAUGCUUGAUAAAGAAUGCACAUAGCAGUUUAAUCAAGGAAAGAUUUUUACUAGAGAAACAAGACACUUUGGAUAAAUGUUUAGCAGUUGUACCUACCAGGUAUCAUGAAUUGUACAUGCAUAGAAUAAUUGAGGACUGGUCAAAGGGUAGAGUCAAUGAUGUGUUUAGUAACAUCAAUAUGAAGGUAACUCAGUUCAUACAAAAGUUUGUCUGUCACUUAGAAAAGCUGGACGUAUCCUACCAGAUACGAUUAGCACACACCAUUGACAUUGAAAGCAAAAAUACUGUACUGAUGCUAGUUUGUAACUUGAUUAAUAUUCCUAUCAUCAACUGGUGCUUAAAGCAUGGUGUUGAUGUUGAUAAGUGUAGCGGUGAUGGUUGGUCACCCUUUUUGUUGGCUUGUAUUGACGGACAUAUUGAAAUAGUAAAGAUAUUGUUAGACAAAGGAGCAGAUUAUGAUAAAUGUGACCAAGAUGGUUGGUCACCUGUAAUGCAUGCUUGUAGUGAGGGACAUACAGAAAUAGUGAAGAUGUUGUUAGACAAAGGAGUAGAUUAUAAUAAAUGUAACAAUGAUGGCCAGUCAGCCGUAAAAAUUGCUGUAAGCAAAUCUCAUAGUGAUAUAGUUAGUAUGAUAAUGAACAUUCAAAGAGUGUAAUUAAAAAUAAAUGAGUUAUAAGUAAUAA